AUGUCUACCGUGAAAAGCAAGCAGGCCGUGCUCCCGCCCAUCAACUUGAUUUUCAAGUACUUACAGCAGCAGUCGCUCGUGACGAUCUGGCUCUAUGAGCAGACGCAGCUGAGAAUACAAGGCAAGGUGCGAGGAUUCGAUGAGUUCAUGAACAUAGUGAUUGACGAUGCCGUCGAGAUCUCCACGGCCUCCGGCGCCAAGGAGACCUUGGGCCGCAUUCUCUUGAAGGGCGACAACAUCACGUUGAUCUCGUCUUUGGAUGUAUAG